AUGGAGUCUCAACAACUUCACAUAGUUUUUGUUCCAGGUCUAACUCCUGGCCAUAUGAUUCCUAUGAUAGACACUGCAAGACUAUUUGCCAAACAUGGUGUUAAUGUAACCAUCAUCAAUACUCAUGCCAAUGCUUCAACGUUUCAAAAAUUCAUAGACAGUGACUUCAAUUCUGGAUACUCCAUCAAAACUCAGCUUAUACAGUUCCCUUCAGCUCAAGUUGGUCUCCCUGAUGGAAUUGAAAACUUUAAAGAUGCCACUUCUUUGGAAAUUUAUGGUAAACUCAUGCAGGGAAAUCUGAUGCUUCAAGAUCAAAUUGAGAUUCUACUUCAAGAUCUUCAACCAGAUUGCAUAAUAAGUGAUAUGACUUAUCCUUGGACUGUUGAAUCAGCUGCGAAACUAAACAUUCCAAGGAUUUACUUUUACAGUUCAAGCCUAUUCUCCAAUUGUGCAAGUUAUCUUUUGAGAAAGUAUAGACCUCAAGAUGAUUUAGUUUCUGAUACACAGAAAUUUACUAUUCCUUGUUUGCCUCAUACCAUUGAGAUAACACCUUUGCAGUUACCUGCAUCGACAAGGGUUACCAGUCCAAACGCAAGUGCUUUUGGAGAAAUGUUUGAAUCAGAGAAAAGAAGUUAUGGAACACUAUACAAUAGCUUUCAUGAACUUGAAAGUGAUUAUGAGAAACUUCAUAAAACUACAAUAGGAAUCAAAUCUUGGAGUGUAGGGCCAGUUUCAACAUGGAUUAACAAAGAUGAUGAAAGAAAAGCCAAUAGAGGAGACAUUGGAAAAGAGGGAGAAUUAAUAAAUUGGCUUAAUUCAAAGCCAAAUGAGUCUGUUUUGUAUGUAAGUUUUGGAAGCCUUACUAGACUUUCUCGUGAACAGCUUGUGGAAAUAGCUUAUGGACUUGAAAACUCAAGUCAUAAUUUCAUUUGGGUUAUUAGAGAAAAGGAUAAAGAUGAGGAUGGAGAAGGUUUCUUACAAGAUUUCAAGCAAAGGAUGAAGGAAAACCAAAAGGGCUAUUUGAUUUGGAAUUGGGCACCACAACUUGUCAUAUUAGGCCACCCUGCAACGGGAGGGAUCGUGACUCACUGUGGUUGGAACUCAAUUCUCGAAAGUUUGAGUGCUGGUUUGCCAAUGAUCACAUGGCCAAUGUUUGCUGAGCAAUUUUACAAUGAGAAGUUGCUUGUUGAUGUUUUGAAAAUAGGAGUCUCUGUUGGAUCAAAAGUGAAUAAGUUUUGGGUUAACAUUGGUGAAGAAGUAGUGGUGAGAAGAGAAGAGAUAGCAAAGGCUGUGAAGAUUUUGAUGGGAAGUGAUGAAGAGAGCAAGGAAAUGAGAAUGAGAGCUAGAAAGCUUGCUGAUGCUGCCAAGAGGAGUAUAGAGGAAGGUGGUGACUCCUACAACAACUUGAUUGAGUUGAUUGAUGAGCUGAAAUCAUUAAAGAUUGCCAGAGAACUUGAAAAAAGAGGAUUAGAUAAUUGA